UAGGCUUGGUUAGAUUUGCCUCUAGAGGUCAGUAGACCUGGUGGCCCAACUAAAGACAUUAGAUCACUUUUGAAAAGUGGAUGUCCAGCACGCAAGUUUAGUAUUGGUCUCAUCAAUCGGAGAGUUAUGGCAUACUGCGAUUGUAUCGGUGACGAUAAAUAACAUCAACAGUUUGAGGUCAAACUUUUACCAUAGAGGCAGAUUUUAAUCCACCACACCCGGAAUUAUCUUUUUCUUGACAAUAUCUACAAAUUGAAACGUAGUGCCCUUUCUUGUGAACUUUGGGAAGGAUUUGACGUUGGGCGGACGUCAUGCUUGUGAAAGAGUAUCGCAUAUGUAUGCCACUGACGGUGGAAGAGUACAGGAUAGGGCAGUUGUACACAAUUAGCAAACACAGCCAUCAGGAAAGUGACACAGAGGAGGGGAUUGAAGUUGUCCGGAAUGAAUCACAUUACGACCCUGUGCAUGGGCAGGGUCAGCUCACAGAAAAGAGAAUUCACUUGUCCAGCAAGCUUCCAAGCUGGGCCCGUGCCUUCGUCCCACGUAUUUUUUACAUCACGGAAAAAGCCUGGAAUUAUUAUCCCUACACUCUAACGGAAUACACAUGUUCCUUUCUGCCAAAGUUCUCCAUCCACAUUGAGACAAAAUAUGAGAACAACCGUGGAACCAGUGACAAUAUUUUUGGCCUGGAAAAAGACAGCUGUGCUGUGGAGGUGGAUGCCUUGGAUAUAGCCUACGAUGACUUCCCCGAGAGGCACUACAACCUCUCGGAGGACUUGAGGUGCUUCUCUUCUGUGAAGACUGACCGAGGGCCACUCCAGGAGGACUGGAGACAGACCUGCUCCCCUAUUAUGUGUUCCUACAAGCUGGUGAGAGUCCAGUUUGAAGUGUGGGGCCUGCAGACCCGGGUAGAACAAUUCACCCAUAAGGUAAUUAGGGACGUGUUGUUGGUUGGACACCGGCAGGCGUUUGCCUGGGUGGAUGAGUGGUACUCUAUGACCCUCGAAGAUGUGCGGAGGUUUGAGGAUGACAUGCAUGUGGCCACUAAUCAGAAGAUCGGAUGCAGAGAGACGUAAUCACUCGUCCAAAUAGCAGUCCAACUAAUGGUGUAGGUGAGGAGAACCUGAGCCACAGACAGCAGACCUCUCUCUCAGCCGACGCGGAAGCUCAGUCCACUAAAGGCCUGCUCUCACCCCCAGACAUUCCUGCUCGAGCUGGUGGUGGUGGCGGCUUGGGGCAGACUACUGGUAGAGGCGAGCCUGGUGGGGUGUGUGGUGUGGUUUGGUGGUGGUGGGGGGACGGGGGGUAACUGGACUGCAUCCUCCCUCAUCACCCCCCCUCUCCUCCAUUCUCUUGCUGUGUAUAAUACAUUCCUCCAGACCAAAAGAGCCCUCCUGUACAGAAUCAGGCUUUCUUACUCACCCCUUCUAUUUUCUUCUGUCCUUUCUGCUAGAUUGUAUAAAUAAAUGAGCAAAAAAGAA